CUGGCAAGAGAAUAACGCCACAACGCCAUAUUGUUUUGGUUAUUUUCACGUUUUUGAGGUUGCUUUUAGGUAGCCUCUAUACUUCGUUGAAAAUGCCUUCUGUUGACGUUCCUCAGACUCCCAUUGAGGAUGGGAAGGCAGAAGAAGCCCCAGGAGGUAAAUCUUCUGUUGGGAUAAUAUACCCUCCCCCUGAAGUAAGAAACAUUGUUGAUAAGACAGCAAGUUUUGUGGCGAGAAAUGGCCCAGAAUUUGAGAACCGCAUCCGUCAGAAUGAGGUCAACAAUCCAAAGUUCAACUUCCUGCAGCCAGCAGAUGCCUACCAUGCAUACUACCAACACAAAGUGGUGGAGUUCAAGGAGGGGAGAGGCCAAGAACCUCAAGCCCCAAAGGUCCAGAGUCAGUUCAUAGGUGUGCUGAGACCUCCAGAUGCUCCGACGAAGAUUGUGGAGACUUUUGUGCCGAAGGAGCCACCCCCGGAGUAUGAGUUCAUGUGUGACCCGCCUUCUAUUUCCGCUUACGACUUAGAUAUCGUGAAACUGACCGCCCAGUUCACAGCCCGAAAUGGCCGCCAGUUCCUGGAGACGGUGAUGCAGCGGGAGCAGCGGAACUACCUGUUUGACUUCCUGCGGCCACAGCACAGCCUGUUCACGUACUUCACCAAGCUGGUGGUGCAGUACACCAAGAUCCUCAUCCCCCCCAAGGACAUGAGGGACAAGCUCAACAAGGAGGUCAACAACCCCAAGGAGAUCCUGGACCAAGUCAAGUACAGAGUGGAGUGGGCCAAACAUCAGGACAAAGAAAAGAAGAAGGAAGAGGAGGCGCUGGAAAAGGAAAGGGUUGCGUAUGCUCAGAUUGACUGGCACGACUUUGUUGUGGUGGAGACUGUGGACUUUCAGGCUUUGGAGACAGGUAAUCUUCCACCUCCAACCACACCAGAAGAAGUUGGAGCUCGUAUUCUGCAGAUGGAGCGCUUCGUCAGAGGAGAAAUCCCUAUGGAUGAUGCUGUGGAGAUGGAAGUUGAGAGUGAAGGAGAAGAGGAGGAUGAGUCUGAUGAGGAAGAGGAGAAGACGAAGGAGGGAAGGGCUGCAGAGGAGGAGUCUGCCGCUCAGGACAUGGAGGAGUCCUCAGAGAGUUCGGAGGAAGAAGAAGACGACGAGGAAGAGUCUGGGCAGCGAGGCCUAGUGGCGCCCCCACCCCCACCACCCCCGCCCCCUCCCACAGAGGCCCCACCCCCACCCCUGCCGCCCGCCCCGGAACAAGUUAUCAUCAAGGACUACAACCCCAAGGCCAAGCCGGCCCCUCCCCCCGAACCAACGUCGGACCAAUACAUGAUCUCACCCAUCACCGGGGAGAAGAUCCCCGCUCACAAGGUGCAGGAGCACAUGCGGAUUGGUCUGUUGGACCCCAAGUGGAUGGAGGAUCGGCAGCGGUCGCAGGCGGAGAAGCAGGACCAGGAGGAAGUGUUUGCCCCCGGCUCAGCUAUCGACUCCAACCUCAAGCAGCUGGCGGAGAGGCGUACAGAUAUCUUCGGUAUCGGCACAGAGGAAACGCAGAUCGGUAAAAAGAUCGGCGAGGAGGAGCGCAAGGAGACUAAGGUGGUGUGGGACGGCCACACGGCCUCCAUGGAGAAAGUGUCGCAGCUGGCCAGGGAAAACAUCUCCAUUGAGGAGCAGAUUGCCACCAUACACAGGGCUAAGGGACUCGUGCCCCAACAACAGCAGCAGCAGCUUCAGCGCCCCAUGCAGCACAUGCCCCCUCAGAUGCAGCGCAUGAUGGCUCAGACUCCCAUGGGCAUGCCCCAGAUGAUGGUCAUCCCGCCCCGCCCCCCCAUGAUGAUGGGUGUCGGUGCUGAAGGCCAAACUAAACGAGGCUCUGGGACUGCCUGCUGGCAAACAGAAGCUGCAGUUUGAGGGCAUGUUCAUCAAAGAUUCUAACAGUCUGGCCUUCUACAACUUUCUGCACGGAGCCAUGGUUCAGCUACAGCUGAAGGAGAGAGGAGGACGGAAAAAAUAACUUUUCCGUUACGGUCGUUUCCAUUGACAGAUUCAUACUUAUUUCAUGGAUUAUUUUAUCUGCCAAGUAAUGUUGUUUUCAGUGAGAACGCUUGAAUUGUUUUUAAAAGGGUUUUUAAAAAUCUGUAUGGACCAGUGAGGCUGCAUGACCUUGAAGUCUGGUAUCCAGCGGUUCUCACCAGUCUGAUCAUGUCUCUCUUUUCCCCGAUGCUGGAGAUAUGUCUUGUGCUUUUUUUGGCAUUGGAAUAAAAGUUUUUAUGUAACUUCUAUGAA